AUGUCUGACAAAAGUGAACUGAAGGCGGAGUUGGAGCGGAAGAAGCAACGAUUAGCUCAAAUCAGAGAGGAGAAGAAAAGAAAGGAGGAAGAAAGAAAGAAAAAAGAAACUGAUCAGAAGAAAGAAGUUCUUCCUGUACAAGAAGAAUCGGAUCUUGAAAAGAAGAGAAGAGAAGCUGAAGCAUUACUUCAGAGCAUGGGGUUGACACCUGAGUCUCCUGUUGCUGUGCAACCUCUGCGAGUAGUAACAGCGGAUACCUGUCUGUUUCACUAUUUAGUCCCUCCUCCUACCUCUCCGUCUUCCAAAUCUGUGAGUACGCCAAGUGAGGCUGGAAGCCAGGACUCUGGUGAUGGCGCUGUUGGAUCUAGGACGCUGCAUUGGGAUACUGAUCCAUCAGUUCUUCAGCUCCACUCUGAUUCCGAUCUGGGACGUGGACCUGUUAAACUUGGAAUGGCCAAAAUUACACAAGUUGACUUUCCUCCUCGAGAAAUCGUUACAUAUACAAAGGAGACGCAAACACCUGUUAUGACUCAGCCAAAGGAAGAUGAGGAAGAUGAAGAUGAUGUGGUUGCACCAAAACCAUUAGUUGAACCUGAGGAAGAAAAAACAUUAAAAAAAGAGGAGGAGGAAGAAGUUGCACCUCAUGAACUUACAGAAGAGGAAAAACAACAAAUUUUGCAUUCUGAAGAAUUUUUAAGUUUCUUUGACCACUCCACAAGGAUUGUUGAAAGAGCCCUUUCUGAGCAAAUCAACAUUUUCUUUGACUACAGUGGAAGAGACUUAGAAGACAAAGAAGGAGAGAUUCAAGCAGGAGCAAAACUGUCCUUAAAUAGGCAGUUUUUUGAUGAACGUUGGUCAAAGCAUCGUGUUGUCAGUUGUUUGGACUGGUCAUCUCAGUACCCAGAACUACUUGUAGCUUCUUACAACAACAAUGAGGAUGCACCUCAUGAGCCUGAUGGGGUGGCCCUUGUAUGGAAUAUGAAGUACAAGAAAACUACCCCAGAGUAUGUCUUUCACUGCCAGUCAGCAGUGAUGUCAGCUACCUUUGCAAAAUUUCAUCCCAAUCUGGUGGUUGGUGGCACGUACUCAGGCCAAAUAGUGCUAUGGGAUAAUCGCAGCAAUAAGAGAACCCCAGUGCAGAGAACUCCACUUUCAGCUGCUGCUCACACGCACCCAGUGUACUGUGUAAAUGUUGUUGGGACCCAGAAUGCUCAUAAUUUGAUUAGUAUCUCAACUGAUGGGAAAAUAUGCUCCUGGAGUCUGGACAUGCUUUCCCAACCACAGGAUAGCAUGGAGCUUGUUCACAAACAGUCCAAGGCUGUGGCUGUUACCUGCAUGUCCUUCCCUAUUGGAGAUGUCAACAACUUCGUUGUUGGCAGUGAAGAAGGCUCAGUGUACACUGCGUGCCGUCAUGGCAGCAAAGCUGGAAUCAGUGAGAUGUUUGAAGGACACCAGGGACCAAUCACAGGUAUCAACUGCCAUGCAGCAGUUGGACCUGUAGACUUCUCACAUCUUUUUGUCACCUCUUCUUUUGACUGGACAGUAAAGCUUUGGACAACUAAGAAUAACAAACCUCUGUACUCCUUUGAAGACAACUCAGAUUAUGUUUAUGAUGUGAUGUGGUCUCCGACUCACCCUGCCUUGUUUGCCUGUGUGGAUGGGAUGGGCAGGCUUGACCUAUGGAAUCUCAACAAUGAUACUGAGGUGCCAACUGCAAGCAUUACUGUGGAGGGCAACCCUGCUCUGAACCGUGUGAGAUGGACACAUUCGGGGAGAGAGAUUGCUGUAGGUGAUUCAGAGGGACAAAUAGUUAUAUAUGAUGUGGGAGAGCAAAUUGCCGUUCCUCGCAAUGAUGAGUGGACUCGAUUUGGUCGAACACUGGCAGAAAUAAAUGCUAACAGAGCUGACGCAGAAGAGGAAGCUGCAACCCGCAUACCAGCAUAGAUCUUUAAAAACAGGCAGCAGUGGCAGACUUGUGAAUGAUUUGAUGCAAAUCUUAAACAGUGUAAUCAUGUGUCAGUUCAAAUAAUAGCUUAGGGGAGGAGUAUAUGGAUUCAACUAUGGACUCUGAAAAUGUAUUAAGGUCACUGAAAAUCAGAUCUUGCAUUGUCACUUUUUAUAUGUAAAUUACAAGCACAUUUUCGGAUUUGUGUAACUUUUAAUACUGUUAACUUUGACUUUGCAAGGACUGUCUUUUGCUGAAACACUAACCUGGUAUAAAUUUGCUAUUGGCUUUCUGAAAUUUCCACUUUGUAACAGUAUUUCUGAAAAGUAAAAGUUCUGUUUCUAAACUAAACUUUCUAUAUUACACAGACUAACCUUCAUUAGGUAGUAAAUCUCUGAAGUAUUCUUUAAUUUGAACUCUUCAAAUUACCCAUGGAUAUGCAUGCAUAUGUUCCAAGUAAGUUUCACUGUUUAUAUAUAGAUAAGCCUCAGACUCUGGUAGUGGGUAAUAUAUGUGAAUAAAAAUUUGUCUGUAGUUAUAAACUUAUUUGAUAAUUGGACCUGAAUUAAUGAAAUACAUAUUUAACACCAAGUUCUUCUGAAUUGGUGCAUUAAAAGGUGAGACUGAUUCAUAAAUAAAUAUUAUA